AUGACAAGCUCAGAGUUAGCCCCGUUUUUAUCACUAUUAUUGGCCCUUGGGGCCAUUUCAUCCACCCACGCAGUUCAUACGGGUCUAUCCUCUCAUAUUCUGCCAUAUUCCUAUGAUGUUACGAUAAAAGUGCCGGUAUUGGAGCAUUACCGGGGCUUUACCGGAUCUCUGGUAGUGCACUUCAAUCUGACUACUACUUCCUAUAAUAUUACUCUACAUGCAAGGAAUCUCUACUCACUGCGCAAUGUCUCCCUGAUCUCCUCCCAAAACGCUACUGACUCUACCCUAAAAAGCACCAAAAUCCACCCAGAAACUGUCGAAUUCACCUUCCUGGACCCUUUAUCCCCGGGCGAGUACCUGUUAACGAUCGGCGAAUACAAUGGCCGCCUCAGCAACUCGUCCACCGGCGUAAUUCAGCGUAACCUUGAUCUUUUUACCACUCAUCUACAACCGCAUUUUGCCCGAGAACUCCUGCCAUGUGUCGAUCAUCCAUCGGUAAAAGCCGCAUUUCGAUUUACCGUAAUCCAUCCGAGUGGUACGGUAGCCGAAUCGAACACUAUUGCUAAUGAUGUGUUCGUCGUCGAUUCGCUAUGGCAGAAGACCGUAUUCGCUCCGACACCACUAUUGCCUACUUAUUUGAUUGCAUUUUCUGUUACGCCAGCAACUUAUAAACAGAUAACUCGACAAACAUCGUUUGGGGUUACUGUACGAGUUCAUGGCACAUCGCAAGCGGUCGCUUUGCGGGUACUGGACAUCGCCAUUAGUUCGUUCGAGUUGUUGUCCAGCAUUAUGGAAAUUCCACUGCCGCUAAAUAAGAUCGACUUCAUCCUAAUCCCCGACUACGAUGGUGGGAUGGAGAACUGGGGUCAUGUCCUCCUUUCUGAAAAUCUCGCCACCUAUGGAGAUGAUGCUCAUCUAACCUAUGUCAUCGCCCAUGAGCUAGCCCACCACUGGAUCGGCAAUCAGGUUACCAUAGACAGUUGGAGAUGGAUUUGUUUGCAGGAAGAUCUCACCGAUUACAUCUCCUACAAAGUAGCCGCUGCCGUCUUGGGUCAUGAUGCGAGAUGGGACCGAUUUAUGCUGUCGAAAUAUGUGGCUAUUCAACUUACAGAGGAUUUCUUUGCUCCAGAACAUUCUUUGGUCAUGCCUGACAAUAUUACGCGGAACCUCAUUUCUUCACACUGCUACCUUAAAGGAGUUGUACUGCUUGAAAGUAUGGAAACGAUAGUUGGCGAGGAGUAUAUGCUCUCAGCUAUUCGUAAUCUUGUGGCCACAAGAAAGUCUUUCAAUCUGGACGAUUUUUUGCUUUACUUUAAGGGUAUCCCAGUUGACAAGAAUAUAUCACUAGCUCAGGUAUACCAGUACUGGUUCCUUACCGGCGGUUUCCCUGCCUUGGCCGUGUUCAGCAACUCGAUGGCACUCGAACUUCAGCAACUUAGCCCAGCUCCAUGGCCCCUGAGAAUAUCGUCCAAGCAUAGUCUUCCUGUGUUCCUCUUCGCCCAAACUCUUACGACAUCCCCCGCGAAUUCCGAAGUCUUAGUAAAUCUAAACUUCACAUCCUUCUAUAGGGUCAACUAUGAUCCUAUAGCAUGGAUUAAUAUUUUCAACCGAAUUGAUGAAAAACCCGAGCAGUUUUCUGCUGUUGGUCGAGCUCAGCUUGUCAGUGACUUCUGCUACUUCUAUGCCCAUGAUCAAGUGGAUCGUGGAGCUGCUAUCAAAGAAAUUGUUAUCGAUAUGGUUUAUCGAAACUCGGAGUACUUCGAGCUAUGCGACUGGCACCUUUUUUGGUGUCACUCAACGGCACCUGCCACUCUAACUCAGUUACUGAGGCAUUUGGCCCUCGGUGUCACACAACUGUUCGACAAUGAUGCAGCCUUUGGUUGUCGAACUGGGCUCGCAGCCAGGAAUCUCAACGCAAUCUGUAACAGCGUCUUCGGGACGAGAUGCAUCUGA